AUGGAGAACAUGAGAUCCGAGAACCACCGCGGCGCGGCCAUGGAGGGCGUCAAGCUCGCGUCGGAGGCGGCGGCGAACACCAACCGCAGGGCCCUGAGGGACAUCAAGAACAUUCUCGGCGCCCCUCACCAGCCCCAAGCCGUCAGCAAGAGGGGCUUGCAAGAAAAACCCGCCGCCGCCGGUGCCAAGAGCCAGCCUGGCGCCGUCGGCCACCGGCCGGUGACCAGGAAAUUCGCCGCCAUCCUGCAGCAAACGCAGCCUGCAAACGCCCCGCUGGCACCAAUUGGCAGUGAGAGGCAGAAGAGGAACGCUGACACUGCAUUCAAUGCUCCUUCAGACAUGGAGUGCAGCAAGGCUUCAGAUGAUGACCUUGAUGAGAUGGUAAGCAGAGUAACACAACUAAUGACCAAUGAGCUCAAGGAGAUCGACAUGGAGGACACCGAAGAGGAGGAAAUGCCUGACAUCGACAGCUGCGACCUCGGCAACUCCCUUGCGGUUGUCGAAUAUGUGGAUGAAAUUUACAGCUUCUACAGAAGGACCGAGGAGCUGAGCUGUGUGUCCCCCACCUACAUGGCACACCAAUCUGACAUCAAUGAGAAAAUGCGCGGCAUUCUGAUUGACUGGCUGAUUGAGGUCCAUUACAAGCUUGAGCUACUGGGGGAGACCCUUUUCCUUACUGUAAACAUCAUCGACAGAUACCUGGCCAGGGAGAACGUCGCCAGGAAGAAGCUCCAGCUGGUGGGCGUGACAGCCAUGCUGCUGGCAUGCAAGUAUGAGGAGGUCAGUGUGCCAGUCGUGGAGGAUCUGAUCCUCAUCUGCGAUCGCGCCUACUCCCGGGAAGACAUUCUUGACAUGGAGAGGAUGAUUGUUGACAGGCUUGAAUUCAACAUGUCAGUCCCUACUCCAUAUUGCUUCAUGAGAAGAUUCCUCAAGGCAGCAGGGUCUGACAAGAAGCUGGAGCUGCUCUCCUUCUUCCUAAUCGAGCUCAGCCUGGUCGACUACAAGAUGCUCAAGUUCCAGCCGUCGAUGCUGGCGGCGGCGGCCAUCUUCACCGCGCAAUGCACGCUCAACGGGUGCAUGUCCUGGAACAAGUGCUGUGAGCUGCACACAAAAUACUCUGAAGAACAGCUCAUGGACUGCAGCACAAUGAUGGUGGAGCUGCACCAGGGGGCGGCGCGCGGGAAGCUCACCGGGGUGCACCGCAAGUACAGCACCUUCAAGUACGGGUGCGCCGCCAAGUCGGAGCCCGCCGCCUUCCUGCUCGACGCGAGGAAGGCCUGA